GAAAGACGUCUUCUGUCAUAAACAGGAAACAAGGAAAUUCGGCCUUUGUGUUCAUUGUUGGGUACAAAUAUUUGAAAUAUCCAUUAUUCUUCGUCCGUAUGAUAUCGACACGAUUGUAGUCCAGAUAUAUUUUAUAAAUAAUAUUUCGAAUUUUUCGAGCAUAUAGUACAUUUUUACUGAUUAAAACUGAGCAAGUGGCUAAGUUAGGUGUCGAGCUAUGUUGUGAGGCCCUUUAAAGACUGUGGUUGAGUCUGAUUUUGAGAAAUUUUGUUUUCCGCCAGCGUCAUCCUCACAAACGUAAAAAUGCUUCGUGGUAUUCAGCUGGGUAGGUAGGUAGCUCCUGUCGAUUGAGGAUCGAUAUAAAUAAAUACCUAAAGUUAUUACCGUUAGCGACACAUCGGUUGCCUUAUAUCUAGGAUAGCUACCUAGCCGUAGUUAUCGGCCGUCUGAGAAGACAGGGUAAAGUAAAAGAGAUGUACGCGCCACCGGGAUCUGCUCUCCCCGGGAGCCGGCGUAGGCGAGGACCAGGAGGAACCGCACUGCCUAAACAGCCGGAGCGAAGCCUGGCAUCUGCGUUGCCUGGAGCAUUGUCCAUCACAGCGCUAUGCACGGCCCUUGCCGAGCCAGCUUGGGUCCGUGUUCAUGGAGGAACUUGCCCCAGACAAGAACUCGGAGUGGCAGAUGUCUUGGGAUACGUGGAUCCAAAACUCCUGGAAGACUACUGCGUGAACCCUCAGACCAUCCUUUUGCUGCGGGUUAUCGCUGGCUUCUGCUUCUUGGGUAUCCUAUGUAGCCUGACUGCCUUCCUGCUGGACGUCUUUGGACCAAAGCACCCAGCUCUCAAGAUCACCCGCCGAUACGCCUUUGCACAUAUACUCACUGUCCUUCAGUGUGCCACAGUCAUUGGGUUCUGCUACUGGGCCUCGGAGCUGAUCCUGUCCCUGCAACAGCAACACAAACAGUACCACGGCUCUCUCAUUUAUGUCACCUUUGCUAUAAGCUUUUACCUGGUGGCAGGAGCAGGUGGUGCAUCCAUUCUGGCCACUGCUGCUAACCUGCUACGCCAUUACCCAACUGAGGAGGAGGAGCAGGCCCUUGAGUUGCUGUCUGAGAUGGAGGAAAGCAGUGAGACCUAUCCAGCUGACUACGACAUUGCCAACCAGUUCCAGCCACCACCUGCAUACAGUCCUUAGUUGGCUGUGCCACAACUACUUUUCUGUAUUUCUGUGCAAAUACUGCUAUGGAUGCACCUGCGCGCGCACACACACACACACACACACACACACAGAAACUCGUACAUUUAUCCUCUUUUCGCAUCCAAACACAGUAACUUGACAUCUUUAAGAUAUGUAAGUGCAAGUUUUUAAUUUAUUAGAUCAAAGUGCUUACUCUUCCUCUGUGUGAAUAUACUUUUAUUUCCUGUUCCAUAUUAUCUGAGGGAAUAAUAUUCAACAGCAGCAAUUUAAUGCUUACAAUCAUAAAUAAAUAAAUACUCACACUGUGGGUGGUAUUUUUUCUAGAUGUUCAACUUUUGUCUAUUUAGUGUCAGUAUUUUUUCCUCUGAUACCAUUGUUGUGGGUUUCUAAAAGAGACCUAGAAAAGCAAUUUUCAAAAAGAUUCCUAUUUGAUGUUUUUUUUUUAGUUUAUAGCAGAACCUGCCCAGUAUCAUGCCUUUUUGUGUACUCAAAUGAUUUCCCUUUUACACGACAGUCACACAUGGUCACUCCUUUUUGUGAUGUGAGUACGAUUCCCUUUUAAUGUUGGUAGAAUUUAGAUGGAUUCUGGAUUGCUAAAUUCAAACUGAAAAAGAAUGGAUUGGUAUGGACACUAAAAAUGAGUAUUUUUGUGUGAUUGCUGGAUUCGUCUGAGCAUGGGGUGUAAGAAGGGAUUCUGCAGAACAGUUGCUUUAUUUUCUUUGAUGUGAGUGUAAUCUGGAGUGAUUGUGUGGAAAUGGGGUAAUAGUGUAUUUCUGAGUCUGUCACUACCUCAUCUUUUUAAGCUUGGUGAGGAGAGUAAGAAACAGCAGAGCCAUGGUUCUAGGUCUCUGCCCCUCCUAGGCCCUUAAACAAUCACUGGCUUUCCAAAUGAGCAGGCUGUCUAUUUUCUCCAAUUUUCUAGAGAUUUCAGAUGUGUCGAUCAUUAUGGCCAAUGAAAAGGGUGGGAGGCAAUAGUUUGCCUCACCAUAAGCCCUGUGGUUUUACAGUUUGUGAUUUGGUUGUGGUUUUAUGUUAGUUUUAUUUUUGUAUUUGUUUUUAUUUUAAUCUGGGAAGUUUUGGUGCAAACAAGAAUUUGCUUAACUGAAAAAAAAUAGAUUUCACAUCCAUAAUUAUAUCUGUGUCACUUUACGAAAGUGUGGCUUUACUGUACAGUGUGUUGUGGUUUAAAAUUGUUUGGAAUAAUGAUGAAAAACUUGGAAUGCAGCUUGGCUUGGACAGGCUUUUAAAAUGAUUAAUACUGCAGAUGCAAAUGGGCAUACUUGAAAAACUAGCAUCUGGUAGUGUUUGAAAAGGCUCCAUUCAUCUGGGCAAUGCUGACCUUCUGUCCACACUGCUGUAAAAAUGCAAUGUAACUAAAUGACAUACAGCAAGUCAUUGUGAAAGAACCAUCUCAUCAACAAUAAAAGGCUUGCCUGAGA